AUGGCGACGCUAGCGGGUCCGGGUCGGACCGGGUCCGGGCUCCGGUCCCCGGUCCCGGUCCCGGUACCGGUUCUGGUUCUGGUUCUGGUUCUGCUGGCGGGCCUGGGGGGGCCGGCCUGGGCCCUGUCGGAACCGGGGAAAUGGACCCUGAACGUGGACAGCGAAACUCUGAAGAAGCAGACCCUGUUUGUUUUCAGUAAAAUCCUGUUCAACGGCAGCCUGAUCCACCUGAAAGUGGCCUCUCAGAGCUGCAACGCGUCGGUCCCCGUGCGGCUGAACGUCUCCUGGUAUCUGAGGAACUCACACUGCUCCAACGAGUUCUUCAGAAUGGACUUCUACCUGCUGAUGUGCGUCCUGUACGCGCUGCUGGCCGCCCUCUGGCUGCUGCUGGCCGCCUGCUACUGGAGGGACCUGCUCCGGAUCCAGUUCUGGAUCGGAGGCGUCAUCUUCCUGGGAAUGCUAGAGAAGGCCGUCUACUACGCCGAGUUCCAGAGCCUCCGCUACCAGGGGCUGCCAGUCCAGGGGGCGCUGGUGAUGGCGGAGCUGCUUUCGGCCCUGAAGAGGACUCUGGCCCGGGUGCUGGUCAUCAUCGCCAGCCUGGGAUACGGGAUCGUCAAGCCCCGGCUGGGUGCUCUCCUCCACCGGGUGGUGGGGGUCGGCCUCCUCUAUCUGCUCUUCUCCUGCAUUGAGGGCGUCCUGAGGGUCAACACGGUCAGUCUCAUCCUCAAAUCUAUCUAUCUGUCAUUUCAUUUAUUAUUAUAA